AUGGCGCUGGGCUUGGCGCAGGCCGAGGAGCAGCGGCUGUACCAACAGACGCUGCUGCAGGACGGGCUGAAGGACAUGCUGGACCGCGGGCACUUCGUGGACUGCGUGGUGCGCGUCGGGGAGCGCGAGUUCCCGUGCCACCGCCUGGUGCUGGCGGCCUGCAGCCCCCUGCUCCGCGCGCGCCUGCUGGAGGAGCCCGGGGGCGCGUCGGGCGAGCUGCGGCUGGACGAAGUGGCCCCGGGCGUGGGCCCCGAGGUGGCGGCGCGGGUGCUGCGCUACCUGUACACGUCGGAGCUGGCGCUGGACGAGGCGAGCGUGCAGGACCUGCUGUCGGCGGCGCAGCGCCUGCAGAUCCCGUCCGUGUUCACCCUGUGCGUGUCCUUCGUGCAGCAGCGCCUGUGCCUGGCCAACUGCCUGGCCGUGCUGCGCCUCGGCCUGCUGCUGGACUGCGCGCGCCUGGCCGUGGCCGCCCGCGACUUCGUCUGCGCGCGCUUCGCGCUGGUGGCGCGCGACGCCGACUUCCUCGGGCUCUCGGCCGACGAGCUCAUCGCCGUCAUCUCCAGCGACGGGCUGGACGUGGAGAGCGAGGAGGCCGUGGUCGAGGCCGUGCUGCGCUGGGCGGGCGGCGGCGGCGACGCCGAGGCGCGGGCCGAACGCCAGCGGGCCCUGCCCACCGUCUUCGAGAGCGUGCGCUGCCGCCUGCUGCCCCGCGCCUACCUGGAGAGCCGCGUGGAGAGCCACCCGCUCGUGCGCGCCCAGCCCGAGCUGCUGCGCAAGCUGCAGAUGGUCAAGGACGCGCACGAAGGCCGCCUGGCCGUGCUGCGCCGCAGGAAGAAGCGGCCGCCGGGCAGGCAGGGGCCCGCGACGGCCCCGGCCGGGGAGAAGGGCCAGGAGGCGGAGAAGCAGGAGAAAAAGGAGCAGGAGCAGGAGGAGGAGGAAGGCGAGACCGUCGUCCCCGGCAUCCUCAACGACACCCUGCGCUUCGGCAUGUUCAUGCAGGACCUUAUCAUGAUGAUCAGCGAGGAGGGCGCCGUGGCCUACGACCCGGCCGCCAACGAGUGCUACUGCGCCUCUCUCUCCGCGCAGAUCCCCAAGAACCACGUGAGCCUGGUGACCAAGGAGAACCAGGUCUUCGUGGCUGGGGGCCUCUUCUACAACGAGGACAACAAAGAGGACCCCAUGAGCGCUUACUUCUUGCAGUUCGACCACCUGGACUCGGAGUGGCUGGGGAUGCCGCCGGUGCCUUCGUCACGCUGCCUUUUCGGCCUGGGCGAGGCUCUCAACUCCAUCUACGUGGUGGGCGGCCGAGAGCUCAAGGAGGGCGAGCUGAGCCUGGACUCGGUCCUGUGCUACGACCGACACUCCUUCAAAUGGGGUGAGUCAGACCCACUGCCUUAUGCCGUGUACGGUCACGCGGUGCUGUCGCAUCUGGACCUGGUCUAUGUCAUUGGAGGCAAAGGCAGCGACAGGAAAUGCCUGAACAAGGUGUGCGCCUACGACCCCAAGAAGUUUGAGUGGAAGGAGCUGGCGCCCAUGCAGACUGCCCGCUCUCUCUUUGGCGCCACCAUCCAUGAUGGCCACAUUGUCGUGGCUGCUGGAGUCACAGACACAGGACUGACCAGUUCCGCUGAGGUGUACAGCAUCGCGGACAACAAGUGGACACCCUUUGAGGCCUUCUCACAGGAACGAAGCUCACUCAGUCUGGUCAGCCUCAAGGGCACCCUCUAUGCCAUUGGGGGCUUUGCCACCUUGGAGACAGAGUCUGGAGAGUUGGUCCCCACAGAACUCAAUGACAUUUGGAGGUACAAUGAGGAAGAGAAGAAGUGGGAGGGGGUCCUGCGGGAGAUUCCCUAUGCCGCAGGUGCCACCUUCCUCCCAGUGCGGCUCAACGUACUUCGCCUCACGAAAAUGUGA